UGCUGUUGUUGCUCUUUUAUACAGCAACGUAACUUAGGCCAUUUUGGUGGCCUUCGCUUGGUGGAAAUUCAUCUGUGAUUUAUCAAGUCUUUUCCAGGAAGAAGUGAUUCUUUCUUGAUUCAAAAUAUUUGCAGUAUAUUUUUCAAAAUAUAAUUAUUUUUUUUAAAUCGAAGUAGGAAGACCAACGGAUAUCGGAAUGAGGAAACCAACAAUCGAGUUCUUACUGUUGAUGUUGCGUUGUUGAAUUCAGCGCGAGCUUUGCUGAAAGAGGGCCACGAUUUUGCAUACUUUUAUGACUCGGCAUUGCAUGGUUAUCAAGAAAAUAAACUUUUUGAUGAAAAAGCACUGCUCAAGCUGUUGAGAUGAUCGAAUUGUGUGGUUUAGUUGUUGGUUUAAGUAAGUGAUAGCCAUUUUAUAACGUGUCAAGUCCUGGCAGCCAUUCUCUGAUCUAUACUCGACGCCACGAACCUGGUGAAGACCAAAAGGCGUAAAAAUAUGUCGCAGAACCUACAAGGAUUGAAGUUUGAAGUGAAGCAUAUCCAAAAUACUUUUCCAAGGACACAUGAGUUUUUCAGAACUGUUUCUGCAACCCUUGACGACCUGACAUUUCAUUUUAUUGGAAAGAAUGGGAUGAAGCAUGUCGUAUCCUGCAACAUCACUGGGAUAUAUCCACAGCCACCUCCAAUGUGGUUUUCAGAGUCAGAGGAUGCAGCGGUUACAGAUAUUAUAGAGGCUGUGAACAAUUUAAGCACACAGUCAAACAGACUUCUUCUUGCUAUGACAAGGUACCUUGUAAAGGAGCUGCUGAGAACGAUAAAUACCCCAGUACCGUCAUAUUUGGAAAAUUUAGAUGAUGAGUCUGUAAUGGGUGAACUGGAGAAUUCCACCACUGAAAACAUAGCUGAAAAUGAUGCAGACUUAAAUGAAGAUGAAGGCAUUGAGGAUCAAGAUGAUUUUGAACUAGAUGAAGAACUAGAGUUUGAAGAAGAUGCUGCUUCACAAGAAUCCAAAGAAAAAGAUGAAAUUGGUGCUGAAAAUUUUGCUGUUCUUGAAAAAAUAAGAUUGAAUCACAGGGAAGAACAUUUAAAGGGAACAUUCAGUGGCUCUGUUCAAGCAACGGAUAGAUUGAUGAAAGAGCUACGAAAUGUUUACAAAUCAGAGAGUUUCAGAAUAGGUUCGUAUACUGUUGAACUCAACGAAGAUAGUUUAUAUGAUUGGAGAAUCAAAUUAAAAAGUUUUGAUAAAGAAAGCAAGUUGUACAAAGACCUUCAGACUCUUAAAAAACAAGAAGCAACGGCUGAUGGAGUCUUAUUAAGCAUGACUUUUACAGAAAGGUUUCCAUUCCAGCCACCUUUCGUUCGUGUGUGUUAUCCUAUUCUUACUGGAGGUUAUGUACUCACUGGAGGAGCCAUUUGUAUGGAGUUGCUAACUCCACAGGGUUGGAGUAGUGCGUAUUCAAUUGAAGCUGUCAUUAUGCAAAUAUCAGCAACUCUCGUUAAAGGCAAAGCAAGAAUUAAUUUCAGUGACAAUGCACGGGCGAAUAUGAUUUAUUCGUUGCAACGUGCACAGCAGUCUUUUAAAUCUUUGGUUCAGAUACACGAAAAAAGCGGUUGGUUCACCCCACCGAAGGAUGAAGGCUAACCACAACAUCUGUUACAUAAUACCUAUUUUCAUAGUACUUGAUGCUCCACAAGGAUCCAAGCUCAUCACUCAAGGACAUUUCUGCUUCGAAGAGCAUUUCUGUUUCUGUUCUUAAUGAUUGGAUAAUGGACAAACACAAUUCUUGAACUCUGUCACUAUCUAUAUUGCUUCACCAUUCAGUAAAGCUUCAUUCAUUCUAUAAAUACAUUCACUAAAUAUUGUUGGUGAUAAGGAAAUACGAAGUAGAUUCUUAUUCCAAAAUAUCUUUAAGAUGUAAAGAAGUUUGCAAAGCGGAUAAGGUACUGCAAGUUAUUAAAUAAGAAGAUACCAUAAAAUAUGCAAGGUAUUCCUACAUUGAAAAGAAACUAUACGUGGCAUAUUAUUACAUAAAUUUGAUUGUUAAUUUGUAAAUUCUUACCGAUAAUAUCCUGUACUGUAUAAAUUAGGGCAGAUUUAGUCGACUUUGAAUGUUUGUAAGUCCAAGGAAUAGUACACUGGCCUGGGUAUUUGCGAUAUUUGGUUCUACUGUAAGAUGAGAGGAUGCAAGCAGAAGUUUUCAAGUACAGUACAAAGACCAAAAGAGAAUUUCGUUCUUCUCCGCUCGCUUUCAAUUAUUAGUAUUCACUAAAGGUGAAUAACUUUUCAAUAUUUUAUGAGAAAACCUGUUCUUGAAAAACCAAUACUUAGGUAUUAAGAUACCAUCGAAGGUAUUGGUAGCGAUAAAUCGGUAGCGUCUUUGGCCUAAAUUAUUUCAGGACUUUUAGAAAUACACCUUUGUAGAAAAUGUCGUUUAAACAUUGGGUUAACGUAGAUAAUCGUGUCAUUAACUACUGAUUUUUUUUAAAUUUCGUGUUCAUUAUCUGUUUGUCUCAUUGCUUGUUGACUUGUAUUUAGAGGCUUUUUAUUCCUGUUUGAAAAGUAAAUAAGAGAGUAAUUAAUGUUAAUUAAUGUUAAUUAAUGUUAAUUUUUACCAAACAAGCUGAAAUGCUUCAAACCGCCAAUGCUAAAAGUCACUGCAAAGGAACCCUUAAUUGUUCCACCAUUUUCUCAGCAUUCAACUGUGAACGUCUUUCGCCAAGUUAAAAGAUGUUUAAAAUGCUAGGUGGACUUUUACAUCAAUUCACAAAAAAUUAAGAACAUCAGUAAAACCUGAGCGGUAACAUUACAAAGAUUUAUUUAAAGCCAUUCAGUAAAAUUUUCUUUAAAUAUCUCAAACUGUAAUUUUUGCGUUUAUCAUCAGGUAAAAAAUUUUAGUUAGGCCUAUCUGUAAAGUUAUAUCUCUAGAUGAAGUUUCUUAUUGUA